ACUUGCGUAUUUCGUCGCCUUUGACAUCAUUUGAUAUCAUUCGCAAAAUCAUUUCAAACGUUUAGCAACAAAAUCUAAAGCGAACAUGAAUUUCCUUUUUAAAGUCGGUGCACUGAGGCAAGUUCUCAGCAAGAAUGCAAGUGUUGCGCCGAUUGUGGCUCGCUUCAAGAGUGGUUCUUUCAAAGUGCAGGACGAGAAGGACUUCCUCGAGAGGAUCGAAAACAGCAAGGGAAAAGAACCAAUAAUCGUCGAUUUCUUCGCCAACUGGUGCGGACCCUGCAAAGUGUUGGAGCCAAGACUUGCCAACGUUAUCGCCAAAAGGGCCGGAAAGAUCUCUUUGGCCAAAGUGGACAUAGAUGAUAUGGCCGAGGUGGCCGCCAAAUACGAUGUAGGAUCUAUACCGGCCUUGGUGGUGUUCCGCAAUGGCAAGGUCGAGGAGAGACUCGUCGGUCUUCAGGAUGAGGAUAAGUUAGGCAUCUGGGUCGACAAAGUUUUAGAUAAAAAGUAAAUCAUUUAUAUAGUAAAGAAUCUAGGAUGCGAUUUGUAAAUAAAUACCAUAAAUAUAUUCUCCAUUAGAAA